UACGUCAACUCAAAAUCGAAGUACAUUUCUCCAGGCGUACACUCCUUAUUUUCUGUAUUGCAAUUAACAUUUUUGUACAUAAAUUCUUUAACAUGGUAUGCUUGAAACCACAAAGGCUUGCCGCUGUAACGGAAUAUCCUUAAGGAAUACAACGUAUGGGAUCGAAAUCUACGCUUCUUUCAGCUAAGCUAGCGUUACUGCAUCUUUUAGCAAAACUUGCUAGCUAAGAAGCUAGCGCUAGCACUUAGCUGUCCAUAACCCACCGUCGAGCUAGCUAUGCAUUAGCUCAUUAGCCUAGCUCGCUAACCAGUGACAACUGACAAAGUUGACACACACUUUCAGCCUCAAGACAGCUUUCCAGAAAUCCACACGGCAUCCCUGUCUGCAGUUCCUUGUGCACCUGAACCAUGUGAGGGCCCCUCGGUCCAGUCUGAGGGGAUCCCAGGACUGUUGAAAUUCAACCCCGCUGUGCGGGGCUGGACUCAUCCUGUCUGUGUCUAAGAGAGCAGCCUUCCCAGUAUCCCCCACCCCAUCCACACAUUCCUGUUCUCCUUACUGAGGAGACACGCCAUGAUGUUCAGAGACCAAGUAGGUAUCCUCACAGAUUGGUUCAAAGGCUGGAAUGAGUGUGAACAGACGGUGGCACUGUUGUCCCUCCUGAAGAGGGUGUCCCGCACCCAGGCUCGCUUCCUUCACAUCUGCCUUGAACACUGGCUGGCAGACUGCACCGAGAUCCACAUCCUUGAAGCUGAGGCCAACAAUGCAGCAAUUGUCAGCCAGUGGCAUCAGGAGCCAAAAGAAAAAGUGGUGUCCUUGCUGUUGUCCCAUCUGCCACUGCUGCAGCCACGUAAUAGCGAGGCCAAAUGUGAGUACAUGAAGCUGCUGCAGAAGGUCUUGAGUCACACGAUUGAGAGUAGCCUUUUUGUGGAAGAAAGCAGACAGCUGCUGUCUUACGCACUCAUCCACCCUGCCACCACACUGGAUGACCGCACCUCUCUGGCCAUGUGGCUGAACCACCUGGAGGAGCACCUUUCCAGUGGCUAUGCACCCCGGCCCCCAUCCAGCCCAUACCAUCCACGCCAGGGCUCAGAUGAAUGGCCCAGCUCUGCUGAGGCUCUGGACCCUGGCCAUGCUUGGCACGACAAGUCCCCUUCAUCCAGCACGUCUCCAGCAGGCCAGAAUGGACACAUGCCUUUCCCAGGUGGGAUGUCCUCACCUAUUAACAGCAAUAAUACAGGUCUGGGUGGGCAGAUGCAGCCCAGCCCUCUGAAGAAGCCCAUGUCCAUUAUUCCUUCCAGUCCUCAGGCUUGUGGCUCUGAGUGGGUUAACCAGGAUGACACAGGGGGCCGACAGAACUUCAUUCCAACAGAUCAUGCACCCCUUUCGCCCCAGAGCAGUGUAGCCUCUUCAGGCAGUGAGCAGACAGAAGACCAGGGCUCCGCUCGUAACACCUUCCAGGAGGAUGGCAGUGGCAUGAAAGAUGUUCCUGCAUGGUUGAAGAGUCUCCGCCUUCAUAAAUAUGCAUCACUUUUCUCCCAGAUGACCUACGAAGAGAUGAUGAUUCUCACAGAGCAGCACCUGGAGUCGCAGAACGUCACUAAAGGAGCGCGGCAUAAGAUUGCCUUGAGUAUCCAGAAACUGCGAGAGAGACAAAGUGUACUCAAGUCUUUAGAAAAGGAUAUUUUGGAAGGGGGAAAUCUGCGUAACGCCCUCCAGGAGCUGCAGCAGAUCAUCAUAACACCCAUUAAGGCCUACAGUCCUCCCAGUGCAGCACAGCCUGCAUCAGACACCAAUACCUCCCCUUCGGAAGCCACAAAAACAGGAGCAGACAAAGAGCCGGCCUCAGAGGGCUUCCAGUCCCACAACCCACCUCCCUGUGAUGGAGACUCCUCAGUCACACCCAUCUCAGACGGUGACAUUGCUGGACAGUUCACCCGUGUUAUGGGUAAAGUGUGCACCCAGCUGCUGGUGUCAAGGCCGGAUGAGGAAAAUAUCAGCUGUUACCUUCAGCUAAUUGAGAAGUGUCUGACACAUGAGGCUUUCACAGAAACUCACAAGAAAAGGCUGGUGUCCUGGAAGCAGCAGGUCCUCAAACUGCUCCGCCUGUUUCCUCGGAAAGCUAUGCUGGACAUGCCUGUGUACCGACAGAAAGGCUGGACCUAUGGGUCCAACUCCCUCCCCACAGCAGGUUCUGUGAGUGGAGGUGUAGGGCGACGGGGGCAAAGGCAGUUCCAAAUGACCCCUCGUGGACUCCCAGCUGGGCGCAUGUGUCUUCCGGGUGGGAUCGGCGGAGCGUCUCCACGCCACACUCUCACUAAUCCUGCGUUGGCAGCCCAGGGUAGACAAAACCUGUGGUUUGCCAACCCCGGGGGCAGUAACAGCAUGCCAAGCCAGAGUCGCAGCUCUGUGCAGCGGACCCACUCGCUCCCUGUCCACACUUCCCCACAAACCAUGCUCAUGUUCCAGCAGCAAGAAUGCCAAGUUCCAGGUGCUGACCUGGAGAUCAACCCCACGCUGGAGUCACUGUGCCUCAGUAUGACAGAGCAUGCCUUAGGGGAUGGAACAGAUCGGACAUCAACAAUAUGAGAAGAAGAAGACGAAGACGAAGAAAGGAAAAGAUACACUUCAGUUGAGGCCUGUUCAGUUCCUCAUCACCCAGCACAAAGAUAUACGUAUGCUUCAGAAAACCAGGCAAAGCAGUCACUACAAAAUGACAAAAAAACUGUGUAUAUGUUCUCUAAUAUUUUUGUACUUUAUUAUAUACAACUAAGUUUAUUAAAAAUGGAAUACAGAUGAUUAUUAUAUUGCAGGACAGAGAAAAAGGUUAACUGUGCAAACUGCUCCAUGUCACCUGCAGGACUGUGGCAUGAUAUGCAGAGGCUACGUUUGCCUUGGUGAGAGAAAAACAGUGGAUUGGUGCUGUCUUAAAGGGGCUCUGCCCUAUGAGUUACUCUUCUUUUCCUUCUGCCUUGGAACAAGGCUUUCUAUCCAAAACACACUGACAGCCACAGCACCACAUAAUGUGUAGAUUCAGAAAAAUUUGCAGCCAGAAGUAAGGCACUUUUAUUAAAUUAUCCUUGAUAUUAGGCACUAAACUGUAAUUGGCCAAGGAUAUACUCACUGAGGUUCACUUGUAGACAGGUGUUUAUAUACAAUUCCUAUCCAAAAUAAUUGUUCUUUAAUCAGCGCUGGUCAGGGCUCGUGUUGGUUAAAACUUGGACAGCUUUCCUUGGCUCUUCUUGUCCUCUCGAGAGAACACGUUUUUGUGGCAAAGGCAAGAGAGGGAGGAGAAAAAGGGUUUUUGGAAAAGCUUGUAGAUCAACCACAGGCAUACCUUUUGUCUUGGUGGUGUUCCCAUGAACAAAUAGUCAAAGUAGAAGUGACUGUCCUCCUCUAAACUUCUACAAAGCCAAAGAGAAGGGUUGUGCGAUUGUUAAUUUGAGAAAGAUAUUUGUAGUGAAAUGCAACAGAAUGAUCUAAUUUUUUUUUCUUUUUUUUUUAAAAAGAACAGCGGUUUGAAGAAUUUAUGCCAGCUGCAAUUUGUCUGUUAUUUUAUGCCCUACUACAUAAAUGAUGAUGAAUCUCAUUUUGUGCCGAGGAAUCCCUAGAGGGGUAAGGGCUGGGGAGGUUUGUACCGUGAGAGCUGAUUUGAUAUUGCAUUGAUAAAAGCGAGGAGGGCAGAGUGUUUUCAAUUUACACUCUAAUACCGGGUGAAAAAACUAAAUGAAAACUCAUCUCAACCCUCUGGCCCCCUUAUGAUUGGCUUUGGAAAAUGAAGCCUGAUCUUGCAGUAAAAUGCUCCGAAGCGCAGCGCCUCACCCUCGCAGUGCCCUCUUCCUCAAAUGGCCAACGUGAUGAUUUGAUGAAUCAUACUUUUCAAGGUGCUUGACGAUGUCCAUAUUUUUCUGUUUGUGUCUCGGUGUGUUUCAGUCUCAGAACCCUAACAUUAUCAUGUGGUAUCAGUGUUGAAUCAAAAACUGUCUUAUACAGCCUCUGUCUGUGAAUGUGGCAGAGCCGGAGGUGCAUGUAUGUGUAAUAUGGUCUUAACUUUUUGAUCACUUUUGGUUGCAUCAUAAGGCAGGGAUAACCAUUCACAUAUUAUUUCAGCAGAGCCAUAGGAGGUCUGUCCUAGUAAAGAUGGUUAUUUACAGAUAUCUUUUCCAAUUGUAUUUUUUACUCUCCCUUGAUAUUGAUAACUUAUGCUUAUUUUCUAUAACCGCAUGUUUUGCCACACUAAUACAGCACUGUUGUAGAUAGAGGACAUGGUGGUUGAUGGUGCCCAGUGUCACCAACAGCUAGAAGAGCAGAGAUCUUGCAACUAAUGUUGUAUGUUUAUAUCGCCUAAAUGUCACUGUUUACAUCUCUCUGGGAUAAUGCCCCGUUCAUGUUAUGUGAUGUCAUGAAUAAUCCAUUGUCUCACUAUGUAACACAUUAAAGAACUGAAGCCUUCUCACACAUGAGCUGGCUGGGUAGAGCCUGAAAACAACAACAACAAAAAAAACAAAAGUCCUCUACCCUCCCCCUAAUCUGUGGACUCCAUAUGAGUCUCAGUAGUUGUUUUUUUUUUUUUUUCUUCAAAUGAUACCUGUAUGAGGCAUGUAACACCUGCUUUUCUGGGUCAUGCGGUGACGAGAAAGAAUAGCUCCUCUGGCCUUGUGAUUAAACUGUCAGCUGUCAUGUCCUGAUAAACUGUUCAUGUGGUGCCUGAAAAUGCUCAGCUCCAGCAUCCUCGAUAUGUUUGUUUUAAUAACGAUCUCACGAAGUAUUCUAGUCAUGGUUUUCUUCAGAGCAGGCUCUUGGAUAGAUCUGACUUAGUAAAAGCAUCACACUCAUUGCCCGCAAAAACAAAGGACUUCAGUGAGUUACCAAUGCUGGCUUUAAGACUCAGCUCUUCUUAUUUUUUAACUCUUCACUAUACUGUAUAUCAACUGUGUUAUGUUACAAAUGGCUCAGAUUAACCUUUUCAUGGCCUCUGUUGCUUUGGAAAGCCUGCUUAUUACUGCAAACGGUCACAGAGGUACAAUGCGGCAGAUUUCGACAAGUGUGUUGAUGAUGAUGAUGAUUUUGCAGCAGGGGAUGACGAUGCUUAUCUGAGCCACAAAUGAUGUGAUUAUGAGUAAACUGAACACUAAUAACAGGCCAAGGAAUAUGUUUACUCCAUGUUUACAUUCCAAUGAUGCGUGAAAUGAGUUGGGAAAUGCACUUCAUGAGUUCAGCCUGGUGUAUUUGAACAUACCAAGCAUCCACUAGGAGGUACAGAGCCUGUGUCAUAUGGAGACGUCUACCAAGUGGUCCUGAGAUCAUGUUAAUGUCCCUGCCAGGCUUAGUUAUUGAAUUAAUGCAGCCAGCUGUAGGCUACACUGCACAUCUAUGUCUUGUACAAUUUAUAUUUAAUUCUAAUAACUCCCCUCCCCCUCCCACCCUCCAGACAUUUUCUAAUAUUUUAUGAACCUUUUUGCAUCACAUGCUUACACUCUACUUUUUUACUGUCACUCAUAUGUGUGAAUGGUCUGAAGUGCAACAUCCGUCGGAUCAUUGACAGUCCAAAUAAAGAGGUUCAGUUCUUUUUGCAACUUCA